AUGUGGUCCAAAAACAGUGCUGCUUCCUUCUUUCUGACUGGCUUCUUGGGCUCAGAAGCAAUUCACCACUGGAUCUCUCUUCCCUUCUUUACCAUUUACCUCUCCAUCCUUUUGGGCAAUGGCACACUGCUCUUCCUUAUUUGGAAUGACCACAGUCUUCAUGAGCCCAUGUACUACUUCCUGGCUAUGCUGGCAGGUACAGACCUUGGGAUGACACUAACUACAAUGCCCUACAGCAUCAAGACCAAAUUAUCCUUUAUGGAAUCCUCUGUACUGACAACCAAAUCCUUUGACUACCAUGUGGUUAUCUGCUACUCCCUGCAUUAUGCCUCCAUCUUUAUUACCAGAGUCUCCUGA